UCAUCAAAUAAACUUUCUCUCUCCUCAAACUCCAACUCGCAGCUGCUCUUCAUCUGCUUCGUUGUUCUGAUUGCCUCCUCCUCUGAAACCCUAACUACUCUCCUCCGAUAAAACCACCAUCUGCUAGCUGUAUCACCACCACUAGUCGGCGGCGCCUCUUCCAUUGUGAAUUUUCAAUUUGGGGACUUCCAACUACCUCUCCUCCGCCGCUGCUAUUCUCGGUGUUGACGGCAGUGUCUAUCUUCUUUUCCUCAGUAACAUGGGAAGCAUGGAAGUAUACAAAGAUCCAUCGAUUGGGGCUGAUGCAGUUAAAAUUAUGAGAUUCAAAAAAGAGUUAAAAUUGCAUCUCUAAUUGAAUUUAUUGGUGGAAUAUGAGCUACUGCUAUAAAAAUUAUUUGGCUGAGUAAGGGCGUAUGUCUACAGACUUUGGAGGAGGACAGUUGAACCCAAUUACCACAUUUUUCAUAAACUCUAAUAUUAGCUUCUCAAGCCUGAGGUGUAACACUUGUCAUGAUUUUCGGGAGAUUUCUUACACGCGUAUAGACAGCAGAUCCUAAGAGGAACCUAAAUUACGUCACAUUUCACACCAGGGGUGAAGGGGCCUGGAAAUAAGAGAAUCUUCUGCCUCUUGGGUGUAUGGGAUGUACUUGUUCACAUGUGGAACUUGUGGAUAUUUUGUAUCCCUGGUCAGAUGUUAAAGUUGCUUGAAAGUUGUACCUUACUAGCAUAAUGUGAUAAGGUGGCCAUUGUGGUAGAAAUUUUGUAGCUUUAUGAAGCAAUGAUUUGAGCUUUACACGUGGUUGUUAAUACAAUCACUGAUGAUUUAAAUCAUGUAACCAGUAACCAAUCUGCAUGACUUAUUGGUCUUAAAAUUGCAUCUUGAGGGUUUGGAUUGACGACCUUGCUAUCUAAACUAAUGGAUCUCACAUUUGAUAAUUUAAGGUGCUGCUUAUUUAGCUGGAAAAAUGAGUGGAAGUAGCAAGAGACGUCAUUCUAAGUGGGACAAUAAAGAUUCUGAAGCAUUACCUGAAGACUUUUAUGAUAGGGCUCAGACACGGAGGCCUAGAGAGCCUCUUUCACCUGGUAGAGGUUCACGAAGACAUGAUAGUCGCAGCAAAGAGAGCACAAUGACAUGGGAUAGAGAAGGAAAUUGCACACAAAUAUCUCCUGGACUAGAUGAAUGGAGACCACGGCAUUCAAGUCGGUCACCGAGGAAUGGUUGGAGCCGAUCUCACAGGACUAGUCAGAGCAGAAGCAGGAGUAGGAGCCGGAGCCAGAGUCCAGCUCCUAACUUUAGACGAGAGCCUACCUCGAUUGAUAGGAGUAGAAGCAGAUCUGGAGUUUCAGCACAAAUAUGCAGAGAUUUUGCUGCUGGAAGAUGCAGGAGAGGGAACAGUUGCCAUUUUCUUCACCAGGAUGAAGUGUAUGAUAAUAGGAGGCUGGACUGCAGUUCACCAGAUGAUUGGGAAAGUAGACGUCAAAGGACUGGAAGUUCAAGAUAUUCUCCAGAUGACACUAAGGACAGUGCCAUAAGGACUGAAAAGUCUGCCCACAUCUGUAGCGAAUUUUUGAAGGGCAGGUGUAGAAGAGGCGAUUCAUGCAGGUAUGUACAUGAUGAUUCUGCUGUUGAUGUAUUUGAGAAAGGAGCUGUUGAAGAUGUCUACAGGAACCGGAAUCAUGACCUCCGAAGUAGAGAUAUCUAUCCUGAUCAUGAGCACAGAAGUAGGGAUUCCUAUCGUGAUCUUGACCACAGACGAAGGGAUACCUAUACUGAACGGAAUCAUGAAUUUGAGCCUCCUAAGAGAGGUGAGACUCCAUGCAAGUUUUUUGCUGCUGGAAAUUGUCGGAAUGGAAAUCGUUGCAAAUUUUCUCAUCAGGUUCAGGAAAGUUUUAGUCCGGAUAGUAGGAGGUCUCGAGGUGAUAGGCGCUACCCAGACCAUAAAUCUGAGGGUGGCCAGGUUUGGGAUGGUCCAAAAUGGAGUGAUGCAACUACUGUUUCAGCAGUGCAAGGUCGGGUAGAGGACAAGAAUGGAAAGAAAGAAGCCAAUAAUACAGUGAGAAAUCAAGGUGAUGAGAGGGGUCCAGACCAUAAAUAUGAGGGUGACCGAGCUUGGGAUGGUCCAAGUUGGAGUGAUGUUACUACAGUGCCAAAUGUUCCUGCAGUGCAUGGCUGGGAAGAGGAUAAAAAUAAGAUUGCAGAAGUGGCGAAAGACGUAACUAGAUUAAGACCUGGGGAUGAUUGUUGGAACCAUGAUAUGCACGACAUAAAACAACAAGAAGAUACAUCAUCUAGUAUAAGCAAACCUGAGAUCCAGGAUAAAAAGCAGCCACUUGAGUGGACAAUGGAAAAUAAUGUUCCUGACAUGGGUCUUUCUGCACCAAGAAAUACAGAAUAUUUUUCUGGUGAUAUUGAGAUUUCUCCGAGGGGUAUCAAACAGCAGGGUGUAAACUCUUCAACUUCACAAACUCCAUCCAUUUCCAGCAGUGUCUAUCCCUCAGUUCAAAAAGACGUGACUGGAGAUGCUUCAUAUGAGAAGCAUCACCAAGCUGAACUCCAGAAACAGAAAGUAUUUCAUGAUCCUUCUGCUGAGCAGAAUCCCAAUUAUAAGGAUAAUAAAUCUAUGUUGUAUUCUGGGGAGAGGAGAGAUAUUGUUCUAGAUCAUGAUGGUUCAUGUAUGAUUCAGAAUCAGCCAUUAAAUAUCCCACCACAAGGGCAGGGCAUUUUCCAGCAUGGUCAGAGUGUCAAUGUUCACCCUAUGUCGACCGUAAGUCCUCCUCUAGGACAAAGUCAGCCGUUAUUCCCUUCAUAUCCUCCACCUGGACAAAGUCAGCCGUCAUUCCCUUCAUAUCCUCCACCUGGACAAAGUCAGCCGUCACUGCCUUCACAUCCUCCACCUGGACAAAGUCAUCCGUCACUGCCUUCACAUCCUCCACCUGGACAAAGUCAGCCGUCACUGCCUUCACAUCCUCCACCUGGACAAAGUCAUCCGUCACUGCCUUCACAUCCUCCUCCUGGACAUGGACAUAAUCAGCCGUCACUGCCUACACAUCCUCCACCUGGACAAAGUCAGCUGUCACUCCCUUCAUAUGGACUCCCUUUACAUCCUCCCCCUGGACAGAGUCAGCUGUCACUCCCUCCACAGCCUCCCCGAGGAGAGACAAUGCAAGUUUCACAUGAUCCAUCAUCGGCCUUUCUGGAAAACAUAGUUGCUGUUGCUGAUGGGUCUCAUGUAGUCAGUUUAGCUUCCUCUGCAAUUGCUCCAGUAUCUUCUACUGAACAUAGCACAGUAAGCAAUGAACAACUGGCACAACUAUCCCAUCUCACUGCUUCUCUGACCCAACUACUUGAAAACAGGCAGCAGAGUUCACAGUUUUCUACUGCUGUUACUCCCCAUGGCUUGUCUAACCUGCCCGACAUAGCAGCAGCACAUGUCCCUUCGGUUUCUGCCGCUAUAAUCCAUGCAAAUCAAGGUCCUGAAGUAUUAAAGCCAUAUGAUCCUGUAUGUAAUACCAUUGAGACAAAGAUCCCUAACUUGGGCAAUCACCUGUUGCCUAGUGUUGAUCAGAAAAUCUCUAAUAAUAAAAUACAGCAUGAGGGUGGUAUUGUUGCAGCAUCCAAGGAUGAGAAAAAUGGCAAAACAACAGCUGAAGGUACAAAUAAGGCACCGGAAAAUGGUCGUCAGGAUACGGGUGACGAUGAUGGAGGUGAUGAUGAUAAAAAACUGAAGGAUACGAAGGGACUUCGUGCAUUCAAGUUUGCAUUAGCGGAGUUUGUUAAGGAGAUUUUAAAACCUUCAUGGAAGGAUGGUCAAGUUAGCAAAGAUGCCUACAAGACAAUAGUGAAAAAAGUGGUUGACAAAGUUAUGGAGACACUAGGGCCUCAGAUUCCUCAAACGAAAGAGAAAAUUGACAUGUACCUCUCAUGCUCGAAACCAAAGAUUGAAAAACUUGUACAGGCGUACGUGGGGAAACAUCAAAAAAGCUAAAUCUGAAAAUUGGAAUGUUUGUGUUGGUAUGUGAUUUUCCUGUACUAUACUAGUGGCGUAGAAGUAGCUGGGUUUUUUUUUGCGAUUACUGUACAUUCAUUUUUAUUUAUUAGAGGUAACCCUUUUCCUGCAUGUAAUUUUUGCUCAUUAGAUAAGCUUAUUAGCUAACUUGGGUUUGAUCUGUGAAAUUUGAUUUUGUUAGUUUGGGAUUUCUUCUUUGAGAAAGCCAUUUAUUUAUUUUGUAUUGUUAAAUUUCAUA